UCGCGGUGAUCUCAUAUAUCACCUACUGGUUAUUUCAUCAUCAUUACGUAACAGUACGUCGCGUAAUAAACAUCAAAAGUCACCCAUCUUAUCUAAAUAAAACACAAGCAUCGAAUAUUUGUCUAAAACCAUCGAAAAAUAUCUGAAAAACCCAAAAUGGACGUUUUAAUGAUACUAAUUGCAAUAUUAGUAACAAUAAUAUCAUACUACGUGAUAAAUCAAUUAACAUACUGGUCGCGUCGUAAAAUUCCUCAUCUCCCGCCAGUUCCUAUUCUGGGCAACAUGAUGACUUCCAUGAUCUUGAAACGUCGAUCGCCCGCGAAAUUCACCCAAGAAUUGUACAAAAAAUUUCCCGGGAUUUCUUACCUGGGUCUGAUGAACUUCAACACCCCGACGAUUCUGAUAAACGACCCCGAAUUGAUAAAAGAAGUUUUUAUUAAAAAUUUCGACAACAAUCCGGACCACCUGAGCUUCAUAACCGAAGAAUUUGACCCCAUUUUGGGGACUAAUGUGUUUUCACUACGCGGCGACAGAUGGCGACAAGUGAGAGGUGCCUUGACUCCCAGUUUCACUGCGACCAAAAUGAAGUUUCUAUUCACGCUGAUGGAAAAAGUUUCUGCAAAUGUAAUCCAUUAUUUGCGGAGCCAUCCUUCGGAAUGUCAACAAGUUGACACGAAAGAUUUGUUCACCAGAUAUGCAAGUGACGUUAUUGCAACAUCGGCAUUCGGUUUGUCCGUAGAUUCUUUGGAAAACCGUAGAAAUGAAUUCUAUUUACGAGGCAAAGACGCUACGAAUUUGACCGGAUUUUUGAGAAUUUUGAAAUUUAUGCUGGGGGUCUUAUUCCCCCGAUUAAUGCGAUGGUGCGGGUUAACUUAUUUGACCAAAGACACCAACCGAUUUUUCAUCGAUUUGAUUCAUCAGACGGUCGAGACUCGAGAUAAAGAAAAAAUAGUGAGACCGGAUAUGAUCCAUUUGCUGAUGCAAGCCAGGGAUCAGGUAAAGGAUUUCAAAAUAACGAUCAAUGACAUCGUAGCCCAGGCUUUUAUAUUUUUCCUUGCGGGUUUCGACACCACAUCGACCACCAUGGGGUUUAUCGUCCAUCAGUUGGCUUACAAUCAAGAUGUCCAGGAUAAAUUGCACGCAGAAAUCGUGGAAUUGAUAAAAGAUGACGAUACUGUGAUCACUUAUGAAUUAUUGGCCAAAAUGAAGUAUAUGGAGAUGGUUAUAUAUGAAACUUUGAGGUUUUUUCCCCCUGUUGUCCUCCUAGAUCGGGUCUGUAGCAAGAAAUUCAAGCUGCCGCCCCCUAGGGUAGGGAAUUCAAACUCAGAGGCGGGAAAUUUGAAUGGGGAAUUAAAUACCGAAGGACUUAUGGUUGAAAAAGGAACUGUUGUGUGGGCGCCAGCCUUUGCGUUACAGAGAGAUGAAAAAUACUUUCCGGAACCGGAUAAAUUUGACCCUGAGCGAUUUAGUGAAGAAAACAAGGGGCAAAUCGAACAGUGCGCGUUCAUGCCCUUUGGAGUUGGACCUAGGAAGUGCAUCGGAGAGAGAUUCGCCAUGAUGGAGAUGAAAUUGAUGAUCGCGAGGCUCAUUAAGGAUUUCAAGGUCAAGCCAUGUGAGAAAACUAGCAGAGAAAUUGUUUUCGAUGGGAAAAGCCUAAAUUUGGUUCCCAAAGGCGGGAUUUGGGUUAAAUUUGAAAAACGAUAAUAUAUAAGGUUACUUUUUAUGUACACUGAGGUAUUAUGGAGAGUUUUCGGGUGCAGUUGAAAUAAAAAUAGAGUUUUGAUGUUCGGCUAUUGAUAUUUUUAUAAUUUUGAGGUUAAAGUAAAUUUUUUUUAAGAAAAAUAAAAGGAGAAGCAAGUAUUUGGAAAUAAGCCGGAGGGUGAGGGGUUAGAUAUAAAUUU